AUGAAGGCUUUUAAAAGUUUCAUCAGCAAGCGUCGCCAAAGCUACCAAAGCCGGAAAAAGGCGAACGCCCCGGCUCCCGCAAAUAUGGAGAACAAUGCGGCACCCGCUGCCGCACAAGUCGAUAAUGCAGCCCCAGAGGCCAACGCUGGACAGCAGCAAGUACUAGCCGAGGCUGCAGACGGAACGCUUCAACUUGCACUGCAGAACAAGACCAACUCUGGAACGGUAUAUGCCUACAUCACCGGUCUCGCACUUGAGCGAGGCAACGCGCCCAUCUUUGUGCAAGCUGAUGGACGAACCAUCUACCAACCUUCGACGCCCGCAACUGUCCAAUCACCACUUCAAGCUGAUGUUGCCAUUCCACUUGGUGCUCCAGGAAAUACCGUGUACGUCAGAAUACCCAAAAUCGCCGGCGGUCGCAUCUGGUUCAGCAUCGGCGCCAAGCUCACCUUCCUUCUCAACCCCGGCCCAGCAGUCGUGGAGCCCAGUGUGACCAAUCCAACCGACCUGAACUUCAACCUGAACUGGACUUUUUGCGAAUUCACCUACAAUGAUGCACAGCUCUUUGCCAACAUCAGCUAUGUUGACUUUGUCAGCAUCCCCAUCGCGCUGACUCUGCAAAGCUCUCAAGCGGAGACGCAGACAGUGCCUGGCAUGCGUCCGGAUGGCUUCCAGACGAUUGUUGCCGGACUGCGUGCGCAGGCAAAGGCCGAUGGUCGACCUUGGGAUCAAUUGAUCUACGAGGCCAACGGGCAGCCAUUGCGUGUGCUGAGUCCCAACAACCUUCUUGUUGGAAAAGCAGGUGCAUGGGGCAACUACUGGGACGGUUAUGUCCAGGCUGUGUGGAACAAGUUCCGCAAUGAAGACAUGAUCAUCAACACGCAAGCUGCGGCUGGCAACUUGCGAGGUCGUGUUCAAAGCAACAACCAGCUUCAAUUCCCCGAAGCAGGCAACUUUGAUCAGCCUACCGCUGCAGAUAUUUUCAGUUGCAGCACCGGGCCUUUUGCGACGGGAGCUAACGCGGCGCGCAACGCAGUCAUCCCGCGCCUCGCUGCGGCAUUCAACCGCAGCAUUUUGCUCAAUACACCGAGCAAUCAAUUCCCGAACGGUAGCAACCCCAGCCAGUACUACAAGGACCCAACGACAAAUCACUACUCGCGACUUGUGCAUUCGGUCCAGAAAGAUGGCCGAGGUUAUGCUUUCCCGUACGAUGACGUGGUUCCGGAUGGUGGUCAGGAUGUUGCUGGCACAGUCUUUGCCGGAAGUCCAACGCUUUUCACCAUUGCUGUUGGAGGCCACCCCACCUUCACCACCUCGAUGCUGCGGACCCUUCACACCAUCUCCAGGGUAUCCUGA